AUGUCUCUUAAACCUAGCGCGAGGACGGAGGUUCGAAGGAAUAGGUAUAAGGUUUCCGUGGACGCCGAUGAAGGUCGCCGGAGACGGGAGGAUAACAUGGUGGAGAUUCGUAAGAACAAGAGAGAGGAGAAUCUGCAGAAGAAACGGCGUGAAGUUAUAACUCCUUCCAUGGCGUAUUCGGCCACACAGCAAGGCCUGGAUUUCCCAUCGUCUCGAUAUGAAAGUAUACCACAGAUGGUUGCUGGAGUUUUGUCAGAGGAUAGAAAUUUGCAGCUUGACGCAACGAAUGGCUUCAGGAGAUUGCUAUCAAUUGAGCGUAAUCCUCCUAUUAAUGAAGUUAUUCAAACUGGUGUUGUUCCUCGCAUUGUGCAAUUUCUUUCAAGGGAUGACUUCUCCCAACUUCAGUUUGAGGCUGCUUGGGCGCUCACAAACAUCGCUUCAGGGACAUCUGAGAACACUAGGGUCAUUGUUGAAAGUGGGGCUGUUCAGCUAUUUAUCAAUCUUCUGAAUUCUCCCAGCGAGGAAAUCCGAGAACAGGCUGUAUGGGCACUGGGAAACGUCGCCGGUGACUCACCAAAAUGUCGUGAUUAUGUCCUAAGUUGCGGGGCCUUGAUGCCUCUUCUGGCUCAGUUCAACGAGCAGUCGAAGCUCUCCAUGCUGAGAAAUGCUACAUGGACUUUGUCAAACUUCUGCAGAGGGAAGCCGCAGCCUGCAAUUGAGCAGACAAAACCAGCUUUACCAAUUCUUGAGUUCCUUUUGCAUUCAACCGAUGAAGAAGUUCUCACAGAUGCAGCCUGGGCUCUCUCAUAUCUCUCUGAUGGUAACAACGAUAAAAUACAAACUGUUGUCGACGCAGGUGUUAUCCCUCACCUCGUUAAACUCUUAGCUCAUCCAUCGCCAACAGUUUUGAUUCCAGCUCUCCGUACCAUUGGGAAUAUUGUAACUGGAGAUGAUAUUCAAACUCAGGAGGUUAUAAAUCAGCAAGCGCUUCCUGGUCUCUUGAUGCUUUUGACAAACACAUACAAGAAGAGUAUCAAGAAGGAAACUUGCUGGACUAUCUCAAACAUAACUGCUGGAAACCCAAAUCAGAUACAAGAAGUGAUCCAAGCAGGCAUUUUUCAGCCACUCAUUAACUUGCUUCAAAACGGUGAAUUCGAUAUUAAGAAAGAAGCAGUUUGGGCAGUUUCUAAUGCAACUUCUGGUGGCAACCAUGACCAAAUCAAGUUUCUUGUGAGUGUAGGCUGCAUUAAACCGCUGUGCGAUCUCCUCACGUGCCCGGAUCCAAGGGUCGUGACAGUGACCUUGGAAGGUGUAGAGAACAUUCUGAAAGUAGGUGAAGCCGAGAAGAAUCUAGGCAACACAGGAGACUAUAAUCACUACGCACAGAUGAUUGACGACGCAGAAGGUUUGGAGAAGCUGGAGAAUCUUCAGAGUCACGACAAUCAUGAGAUUUACGAGAAAGCAGUGAAAAUCCUCGAGGCGUAUUGGGCUGAAGAAGACGACGAAGAAAAUGGCGGUGGUGAGAGUAUUGAGUCUUCUUCAGGUUUCCAAUUUGGAAACCAAAGUGGUAAUGCUCCUACUAAUGGUGGAUUCAACUUCGCGUUUGCUUCAGCUGCGCGUUCCCGCGUUCGACCAAUCGCUCAAAGGCGAUUAGCGUUUGGAUCAUCAACGUCUGGCCGCACAGCUGAUCCAGAGCUUCAUUCCGGUAACGAUGGGGCUGAUCCAGCUAUUUAUCCCAGAGACCCCGAAGGCAUGGAUGAUGUAAACAACCCAAAAACGGCGGCGGAAGAAAUCGUCGACGAAACUCCACGACCGAGUUUAGAAGAGCAACCGCUUAAACCGCCGAAAUCUCCACGCGCCACCGCACAUAAGCUAGAGAGCACUCCCGUCGGUCAUCCGUCGGAACCAAAUCUCCAACAGAAACGAACAAGAAGCACCACCGCCUCUCCACCGGAGCUAGAUUCCGCUAGCUGUGCAGGUUUAGACGGUUCACCGUGGCCGAGAGACGAAGGAGAAGCGGAGGAGCAGAGGCGGAGACAAGACGAAACAGAGAGCGAUAGAGAGUAUUACAAACACCACAAAGCUUCUCCGUUGUCGGAAAUCGAAUUCGCAGAUACUCGAAAACCGAUCACGCAAGCCACCGACGGAACGGCUUACGCGGCGGGAAAAGACGUGAUCGGAUGGUUACCGGAGCAGCUAGACACGGCGGAGGAAUCUUUGGAGAGAGCAACGAGGAUAUUUAAACGAAACGCAGAACGCGGCGAUCCUGAAACGUUUCCUCAUUCUAGAAUCUUAAGAGAAAUGAGAGGCGAGUGGUUUUAA